AUGCUUCGGGUUGCAGUAAACUAGUGAAAUUACCAAUAUCAAUGCGUGGAAUGAUAAGUUUGCGUCUCUUUCAGCUGGUGCACAGUGGGAUUGUAACAAUACCCGAUGAUUUUUCAGUGUUAUCGAGCUUAGAAGUGUUAAGUCUGGGCAUACCUGGCCGUAGAGGAUAUAGAGAGGAGGAGCUAGAUCAGACACUCGCAAUCAGCAUGGAUGGUUUUUCUCAGCUUCGAGAGCUAUAUUUGAUUGACUACAUGAGCAUUGAAUCUCUUCCAGAGCUUCCCUCAACUUUAACCCGCUUGCACAUUGAUCACUGCAGUUCUCUGAAGAUGAUUUCAGAUCUAUCACACCUGGAAUGGUUGGAGGAACUAUUACUUUAUACAUGCCAAGGUCUUCAAUACCUCCCAAACCUUCCCUCAAAUUUAACCCGACUUAAUUGUUGUUCUUGCAAAUCAUUGGUAAGAUUACCAGAUUUCUCAAACCUGAAAAAAUUGAGGGAAUUAUUCUUUGGAAAUUGUGAAAAUAUAGAGGAAAUGCAUGGCCUCCAAGGAACAGAAUCCCUGGAAGAUUUGAACUUGCCGGGUUGCUACAGAAUAACAGAGACAAUGAGGAAGAUGCAUGGGCAGGGAAGACUUCUACAUGAUGCUGAAGAUGGUCAGGGAAGUAACUCAAUUUCUGAUGAUGAGAUCUAUAAUGGGUCACCACCCUCUUGGUAUCCUCAAUGGUUUAAUGUUUAUCAUUUGUGUGCAAGCUGGUGGUCCAACAAGGUUCAAGGCAUGGUAGUGGAGAUGAAGAGACCAAUCCUGUGUGUUGUUCUUGCAUUCCCACUUUGGAAAGAAAUGAACGAAUUUGGGUUUCAGGAUGGUGAACUAGUAACUAUCACUCUUCAAAUUGAAGCUUCUAUCCGUUGGGGAGAAAAAAGGACAUUGUGUGGCCAUUGCAUUAGAAUUGAAGACAUUGAGUUCACUAAGAGAGACAUAGUCUACAUCCAUCAUUUGAAAGGGUUUGAUUGGUUUGGGUUUCCACUGGAAAGCAAAGAUGCUAUGGAGGAAUUGCACGUUAAGGUAUCAGGGGUAUACAGGCAGUCAGAGUCUCGUGAUUAUGAUGAUUGGAUCUGUGAAGUGAAAUGCUCAAAGCUUUUGUUUGAGGACAAGGAAUCAAACCAGCAAAUACCCAUUCAACAAUCCAGUGCCAAGUUGGUAGCAGGUUUCUUCAAAUGGUCAGAAGCUGCUGAUGAUGAUAUAGAGGAUCAUAGUGUGGAGCGGGAUGAGGGUCGUCUGUUACAGUUGAGGGUUCGUUGGAUUUACAAGGUUCACGAAAAAAGGUUUAGGGAAAACAGCCUCUGCACCCAGCACUGCAUGAAACCGAGGCUCUAUCGCCUGGAUGGAUAUCAUGAUCCCAUUCUCAUUGACCCAAGGGCUGACGACAGGGCCACGCAGCUUGGCAGCGAACUCCUUCCCGAUUGAUUUAUAAUGGCCAGUAU